AUGAAUACCCAAACACUUGACAACGCCAACAUCUCGGCGGUCCAGUAUAUUCAAUUCUGCAGUAGACUUCAAGAGAAAUACACCGUGCGGUCAAAAUCUCACCUUGAAUUGACAGUGGGGUCGCUUCCAGCGGAAGUCGACCUCGUCUGGCAACGACCCAAGACACUUUCGUCUGUGGCGUACUUACUUUGUCGAUACCUGGGAAUUGUAUACCUUAUAUAUCCUGCACCCGAGGCCUUAAAUAACUUGAUGUGGGAGCGUACAAGGUGGGCACUAUUCAUGUCCCUGAAAGGUACUUUCGUAAUCCGAGUAUGCGCUGUGCACAACAACAACCAGAAGAUGAAAUGGAUCCUAAGCUCCCUCAUGUCACUCGAGAUGAUUCUAGUGUUAUACGGUCAAUUUGGGAGCGAUCCAUAUAAUCCACUUCAUUUUAGCGUAACUGUGAUGGCCAUAUUCGAUGCCGUAUCCCAAUGGUAUCCCGAUGGGGCACCCGCGCACUGGCAGGUGGUCUUUCAAAAUCUUCCGCUAUUCUUUGAGGCUGUCGGGGGACCUCGUAUUGGAGCGAGUCUACUGGAGGCACAGUCUGGUAGAGACAUGAUGUACCUUGUUCCGUACUAG